GGCUGCAACUGCAAGGCUGCCACGUCUGUUUGGCUUGGCGUCACGUGUCAUGCACUUUUUGUUCCUUCUGAACCUUUGUGCAUCUUGGAAACCUUCAAAUCAUCAAAUCGUCCGUCAAGGCUCUUCAAGCGUAGACGAGGCGUUUGAAUGUCCCGCACCUUCAAGGUUCCUCGGGACCAUGAUUCCUUUGUCGACAUCCACAUAUCGGAACCCGAUCUACGCGCAGACAAUCUGACCUUGACGACCUGGACAUCCUCCUUCGUCCUGGCCGGUAUACUGCAUAAGCUUGAUGUCGACUACUCUUGCUCAAAUGGCAUACCGGUACUGGAACUCGGCGCUGGAACAGGUCUCGUUGGCCUGACUAUUGCUGCACUGUGGAAAGCGCGCGUAAUACUUACUGACCUGCCGCCUAUCGUGCCCGGACUUGCUGCGAACGUCAAACUGAACAACGACUCCGUCAAAGAUCUUGUCCAGUGCGGCUCCUUAGACUGGACCACCCCAGAGUCGCUAGUGUUACAAACUGGGCAGACUUAUGCUGCCGACGUGGACAAGGCUCAAGUGGUCGUAGCUGCAGAUGUGGUGUACUCAGAAGAACAUCCCGAGCUGCUUUCCGGAGCCAUCAUUCGGUGGCUGGGCAAAGGCCCGUCCUCUCGAGUCAUCAUUGCUUGCGCCCAGCGUGUGGCCUAUCUCGAACAGCUCCGAGAAUUAUGGGAGCUCCUCGAAGCGGGCGGCCUGGAAGCUGUUGACGAGGGUCGAGAGCAAGCAGAGGUCGCCGACUGGGAUGAUGAAGGUCUGAUUGAAUGGAGUGUCUGGAGAUGGAAGGCCAGCGAUACCAGUGCUGUACGAUCCUGACAGUUUCCUUACGAUACUCGUACUCCCCCAUUGUCGUCAGGAACACUGCAAGACAAUAGCCGAAUAUCCGGACAAGAGGCACGGCAAUACCACCUGCCUUUCUGGAUAUGUGGCUCGCUGCAUCGCUGGUCGACUACCGCCAGAACGUCUGGGACAAAUCAAUAUGACAGCUUCCACGGCAGACACAUUCUGUGGAAGAUUUGCGUCAGCAUACCCCUUCGUGGAGGUAAAUUUCCCGAUUAGGCACUAGCGGAUGU